UUUCACCACCUCUAGCUCUAAGCGAAGCGCAGAUACACAUAUAACAGUGCAAACAAUAAUCAAAAUUGUAUUGUUUUUUAGAGAAUCAAUUUGAAUAUGCACUGACUUAAGAUUUUUGUUAAAUCGGUUAUAUGCGACACUUGAAAUUCAAUAGUUUGUUUCUUUGUUCUGAGGCAAUUUGUUGCAAGCCUUAGCUAUACCCAAGAUGGAUCCUUUUGAUGUUUCAGAUAGGAACAGCUGGUACUUUGGUCCCAUGUCCCGACAAGAAGCCACUGAAGUAUUAAUGAAUGAGCGUGAACGAGGGGUAUUUUUGGUUCGCGACAGUAACUCAAUAGCAGGGGAUUACGUUCUUUGCGUAAGAGAAGAUACAAAAGUUAGCAACUACAUCAUUAACAAAGUUCAACAACAGGAUCACAUCGUUUACCGCAUAGGGGAUCAAUCUUUUGAUAAUCUACCGAAACUAUUGACAUUUUAUACACUUCAUUACUUGGAUACAACCCCUUUAAGACGACCUGCGCUUAAAAAAGAGGAAAAAGUUAUAGGAAAGUUCGAUUUUGUUGGCAGCGACCAAGACGAUUUACCGUUUCAAAGAGGUGAAAUUCUUACAGUAAUUCGAAAAGACGAAGAUCAAUGGUGGACUGCCCGAAAUUCAUCGGGGAAAAUUGGGCAAAUUCCGGUUCCUUAUAUAUGUCAGACCAAAUGGCUAUGUUACUUGGGGCAAGCAAUUCCUCAUGUCUCGAUAUGGUCAGCGGCUUUUAUCAAAUACAGCUUGCCCAGCACUAAUAGUAAGGUUGCCAAACACUUUUCGGAUGCAGAAAGAAUCGGCAACAAAGCAAGCGCAUGGCUCGAUUCGCAGGGACUCGCCUUGGCAGCGCACAUGACUGAGGCAGUUCUGAUCAGUAGCAGAAAGAAAGUUGAGGAGGCUACUAUCAUAAUUGGAGAUGCCACAAUUACAUCUGGCCCAAGCCUGAAAUACUUGGGCGUCAUGAUUGACAACCGGCUGUCCUUCAAAGAACAUAUGGCGUACGGUAGUGGCAAAGCAAGUAAGAAAGCGUAGAAUCACAUCGACGCC